AUGACACGCAACGGGCCAACCCACAACUACAAACAAGGCUAUUCAAACCAGACGGUCGCGACCCAACAAACUCGCACAGCCGAGACCGAGGCAUCUUUUCUUCUACCACAUAUCAAAAAGACAGACUACAUUCUCGACGUUGGUUGCGGCCCGGGAACCAUCACUACGGGCUUUGUCAAAUACGCCAGUGAGGGAAGGACGAUCGGCGUCGACAUCUCACCAAGUGUUCUAGGCAGAGCCAAGGCUGUCGCCGAGGAGGCCCGCAUCCCCGACGACGGUCCUGGUUCCAUAGCCUUUGAAGAAGGGAAUAUCUUAGAAGGAAUUCCCUACCCAGACAACACCUUCGACGUCGUCUUCUGCGCUCAUACUAUGGGUUAUAUGCCACCGCCAGACAUGCCAGUCAAAGCACUCACGGAGAUGCGACGAGUGCUGAAGCCUGGAGGCAUCCUGGCCACACGUGAUGCCGUCGAACAGCACUUUUAUCCACGAAGCACAGACCUUGACCGCCUCUGGGUCGGGAACUUCCGUCGUGCAGUGCUCAACGGGAGGUCUACAGAAGAUUUAGCACCUCCUGCUAUGCCGGCUCUAUUUCGGCGGGCGGGAUUUGAUGCUGACGGCGGCAAGGUUCUUGUCGGUUGUGGGAGUUCCGCUGUAUCGGGAGCACCAGCUCGACAAUUUUUAGCAAAGCGUGCCCAGAGCCAACUCCAGGUUGGUGACCCCUUGUACAAAAGUUGGCGAGAGGCGGGCAUCACAGAGGAUGAGAUACAGGAGACUCUGGCCGCCUCGAAGAGAUGGGCCGACACUGAAGAUGCGUGGUAUGCGGCUAUGAGUUGCGAAAUGCUUGCGUGGAAGUAA